GAAAAUAGUCUGGGAAAGGAGAGAGGCUCAAGCAGAGAUUUAUGUGUAGCCUGAUACAGUCACAUAAGCCACAGAAAGAGGCAGAAGCGUAAUGUAUUCAGAAGCUGAUGAAAGCCGGCAGCCAAUGGGAGGAAGACGAUUGUUAAUCAGUAGAAGAGAGGUGGAGGGUAUCCUUGAAGAGUAGAAGUGUUCUAAGCUACUGUAGUCGUGCGUGUUCAUAAUAGGUGUAUCUUUGCAGUUUAGUACAGUGUGGCCAGCUGAUAUGAAAUCUGCCUUUUUAAGGGGAGAGCGCUAACAUCUGAUACAUUUUAUAAGUCAUUUGAUUAUGAUUCAUCCAACACAAGCUUUUGGCUGCACAGAUUUCUCUUUGGUGUUGCAUCGAAUUAGAGACUGCAUGGUGCAAGUCGGGGAAACUAAGGUGCUGGAGAGAGGGCGCACCUGUCUUUAAUUGCAUCGGGAAAGAUGGAUAGGGUAGAGGGUCACCUGGACAGUGGACAAGAGCUGCGGGACGGUCUUGCCGUGGAUACAGCUCUGAGCACACUAGUAGUAGUUCUGGUGUAUAUUGUGGUGAAGGUUAGUGUGGAUGGAAUCCGGCAAUGGAGAGCCCGGGUGUCUAUUCUAGUGGUGGGCGCCGGACCUGUUGGGUUGGCGGCGGCGCUUGUGGCUGUCCGCUCAGGAAAAGUGCUGAAUUUAACAGUCUUGGAUGAGCGCUCCAGGACCGCCUUGCUCUGCAGACCGCAGCAAAUAGCCUUGGACCCUCGAAGUGUCAAGUUUCUCCUGGCUCUUGGCGUCGACUUUGACAAUAUUGAAGGGUGCUGGCACAAUGACCACUUUUUCACCAAGAUUGGUGUUUUCCACGAGCACCUGCUGAGCAUUCUGGAACAGAGGAAACAAACACUGGACAUUAGGAUCUUGCUGGGAACCAAGUUUACAGAAGAGUACAUGAGGAAGAUGUCACAAGUGGAGUGGCCCAAGAUCAUUAUAGUAGCUGAUGGAUCCUGUGGAGAGUCAAGUUCGCUUCUUGGGGUCAACUCAGAAUAUAUCGUGGAAUCCUGUAAUGCAUAUGGGGCCAACGCAGCACUGGAAAGACCAGACCAGAGGCAGGUACCAACGCCUGAGAUCCGAGCGCACAAUUUAUAUUUUGAUUUAUCAGCCUACGGAAUUGACGUCGUCAGCAGUGGUAAGGACACAUCAGGCAAGCCUGGAUUUCACCUGAAAAUCUAUGGGACAUUUCGGAAUCGAUAUAUGGCUUUAGCGUGUAAAGCAUCAGAUGCCAAAGUGGUUAGAUUUCUGAGAUAUACUCCCAAUUCUUCAGUCAUGAAGAACAUAUUUCACCAGUCGUUCAAUGCUUACAAGACUGACAUCGAGCCCAGAAUGAGCGACCUCACGUUCCCUCACAUGCAGUGCAGUCGCAGGCUGUUUGAGAUCAUGCUGUCACAUAGGAGGGUGACGUCUGCGUUCAUAGAGGGGGACAACGCUGUGGUCGCGUUAGAGGGAGAAGCUGCUCGGGUGCUCAACUUCGAUACAGGUCCAUCUGGCUGCGGUGUUAACCUUGGCCUCCGUGGUCUGGAAUCGUCAGAAGAGUUCAUUUAUAAAAUUGCUACCGCCGUGGACCAGAUCGAUGUUUUUGAAGCCCUGGCAGCUAAAAUAAAGCACUCCAAGCAAGUUGUAGAAGACUUCAAGCUCAAUGGACUUUCUGCAUCAAUGUUUGAAUAAAACGUGUACAACUGCUGUAGUACAACAUUGAAGCGAUUGUAAGUCAUGUCAGACAUUAUCUAUGGAUUACCCAUCCAGCCUAAGCCACAGCAGUCAUAAAACAUUGCUCCCAUCAAACAUUGCUCCCUGCGUGGACUGAAACGAUAUUCAUGAUACUGCAGCCAAUCAGCUGCCAGGGACUGUCUCUCCGCUGUGCAUGUACCACACGGAUUAUCUUAUGUUUAAAAAAUGAAGAAGAGCUCUCACAUAAAACUGAAUUGACCGUAUCUAACAGUGGUAACCAUGUACUGAAUGCAUCCCUGUCAUCUGCCGUUGCCAUUUGAUCUGUUUUUUCUUGUCAUCUGAAUAAACUUGUUUUUUUUAAGGU